AUUCUCAAUGAGUGAAACAAUGUUUAUGUCCACACCAAUCUCAUCUUUUCUCUGCUCUUCUCCCUAUGGAGAAUGAACCCUUUCUAAUUCUCAACACUCCCCAAAUCAUCGAACGUUCCGAUUUGCCCUUCUCAUCUUCCAAGUCCUUCAACGAUGUCACCACCUUGCAAGAAGCCCCACGUGUGGGAAAUUCAGAGAUACAAUCCUUCAAUGAACACCACCAACCAUUGCUUCCAAAGAAGAAACUUAGUCGUUGCAAGACAGCCCCUGCUAUGGUUGCCAUGCGAGACCUCAAACCUAAGACACCCCAAGUUCCCAAACCUCAAUCUAGUUCCAUAAUUCGACAAGGCAUUUGGUUACUUGUCGUGUAUCUCUUCGUGGGAGUGGUUAUAUACUCUUACAAUAGGAACCAUUUUUCUGGCAUAGAGACACACCCUGUAGUGGAUGCCCUUUACUUUUGUAUAGUUACCAUGUGUACCAUAGGUUAUGGGGAUAUAGCUCCUUUAACUCCAGUUACAAAGGUUUUUGCUUGUGUUUUUGUUUUGGUGGGGUUUGGGUUUAUUGAUAUUCUCCUCAGUGGGCUUGUAAACUUUGUAUUAGAUUUGCAAGAGAAAGUGAUUCUGACCAGUCUCCAAAUGGGUGCUAGGGAGGGUUUCUCUGCAAGUAAUUACAUAGUUGAUGUGGCAAAGGGUAGGAUGAGGAUUAGAUUGAAGGUUGGUUUGGCACUUGGUAUUGUGGUUUUGUGUAUUGGAAUUGGGAGUUUGGUGUUGUACUUUGUGGAGGGUUUGGAAUUUGUUGAUUCUAUUUACUUGUCGGUUAUGUCUGUCACAACGGUUGGGUAUGGAGACAGAGCCUUUAAGACCCUUCCGGGUCGGUUAUUUGCGGCUAUUUGGCUCCUCUUUUCUACUUUGAUGGUGGCACGGGCAUUCCUCUAUUUGGCUGAGGCUAGAAUUGAUAGAAGACAUAGGAGAAUGGCUAAGAAGGUUUUGCAAAGAGAAAUCACUAUUGAGGAUUUGCUUGCUGCUGAUAUCAACAACACUGGUUUUAUCAGUAAGUCAGAGUAUGUAAUCUUCAAGCUGAAAGAGAUGGGUAAAAUACAGGAAAAAGAUGUGUUGCUAAUUUGUGAGCAAUUCAGGAAACUUGACCCCUCUAAUUGUGGGAAGAUAACACUUCCUCAUCUCUUGGAGGACAGAUCAUGAUAGAGUAAAAGCAAAACAACUGAUAUAUGAACAUAUAAUUGUUUCAGCAAAAGUGCUAGCAGAGCAUUAUUUUUGCACAAGGAGGAAGAUGGGAAACUAGGGAAGAUAAUCUUCGCUGGGAAAAUUCUGCAAAUGUACAUGAUAGAGAUUUUUCCCUAGGGGUAGGUGAUAGGGAUUGAAUUAUUCGAAGCAAGAUUUUGUACAGAAAUUACAUCAAUUCGUAGAGGUGGUUGCAAGUCAUAAGCUCAAAGGGAAUUUACUAGAAGGAAAAAAAGAAAGGGAGAGAGAGAGACCCAUCAAUUUGACCUCAUUCCAAAAGCAUUAUUUCCCUCUCCUGUAACCAGAAAAAAAAAAUGUUAGACAUGGAAAAUUUUCGUAAUAUCAAGUCGUGAUUUUAAUUUU